CAAGAAGAUGGGUAGAGCCCCAUGUUGUGACAAAACCAAUGUGAAGAAAGGACCAUGGUCUCCUGAAGAAGAUGCUAAGCUUAAGGCCUUCAUUGACAAGUUUGGCACUGGAGGCAACUGGAUUGCACUUCCUCAAAAAAUUGGGCUGAAGAGAUGUGGCAAGAGUUGCAGACUAAGAUGGUUAAAUUACUUGAGGCCAAACAUCAAGCAUGGUGGAUUCUCUGAAGAAGAAGACAACAUCAUUUGCAGCCUUUACAUUAGUAUUGGAAGCAGGUGGUCAAUUAUUGCUGCACAAUUGCCUGGAAGGACAGACAAUGACAUCAAGAACUACUGGAACACUAGAUUGAAGAAGAAAUUACUUGGAAAGAAAAAACAAUCUAAUUCCAUCAAUAGAUUAUUAUCUUCUGAACCAUGUGAAGCUAAUAGCAGUAUUGGAGAAGACAAUUCACAGCCUUUAAGUAACACAACUAUUGAAAGGCUUCAACUUCAUAUGCAACUUCAAGGCCUUCACAAUCCCUUCUCAAUCUAUAACAAUCCUGCACUUUGGCCUAAGUUACAUCCUCUCCUUCAAUCAUUGAAUCAAACCCCAAAUCCUCUUAUAGCUCUACAAAAUGGUAUGUGUAGUGCUACUCAUUUUGUGAAUCAUGGAAAAUCAAUGGCUCCUGCCACACUGCUUCAACAAGGAAUGAAUGGUUCUUUAAGUACUCCUCUAACAUCCUCGGAAAUUAUGGAGCGAUCCGAUGUGGGAUUACAGCAAGUUUCGAGCUUCGAAGCUGAGCUUGAGAACAUUCUCAAUACCAAACCAGUUGCUACUUGUUAUGAUUUAGCGCAAGAGAAUCAUCAAAUGGUGGAGUUUGAUUGUUUUAAAGAGAUGAAUAAUGGCUCAAAGGACAACUUGAUUUGGUGGUCCAAUGGCAAUUUGGACUCGAAAUCGGUGUCUCCGAACUCCUGGGAUUCGACGAAUCAUCAGUCUGAGGGAAUGUUCCAAGAUUAUGAAUUGCGUUACAAUAUUUGAUUUGGGGUUAUGUUUUUAUUAGGAACUAUGUUAAUUGUUUCUAGUCAUAAGCUGGAGAAGUAGAAUAUAUAUGUGUCUUCAUGCUCUGUAAAUU